UUUAAUUUCUGACUGUGAAUGAGAGAGGAUCUGACGCGGAUCUGGUAUCGUACAGCGCCCGGCUCCCGCACCAUGAUUCUGAACCUUCUCAUCCUAUGUUGUGUGAUCGGAUGGUCAUCAGGUCUUCCGAUAUCUGAAGAAAAGGUGACCUCCUACCUCUAUGGCUAUGUUAUGUUGCCCUGUAGGUUCUCUUUUGCUGAAGCUUUGACAGGUUUGUCCGUGAUCUGGAAUAAGACGAGAAACAAUAGAAAAUUGAUUCUUUACAAAAUCAUCAAUAGUGAAGAAAAACCUGAGGAGCAGGAUCCCCAGUACAGAGGACGUGUAGAAUUAUCCACAGAGUUCCCACAAGGAAACCUACACCUGAUCCUGAGAAAUGUCACGUAUGAAGACGAGGGCACUUACUACUGCCGAGCGGCCAACACCAAGGGUCAUGGGGACAGGAAGGUGACAUUGUCCAUAGACACUCUGAAUGCAGAUGAGCCCACGGUUACACUGGUGACCAUUGGUGAGAAGCGGCGUAUGAAGUGCAGAAGCUCCGGUGUUUACCGUGCACCUCAGGUCCAGUGGAUCACUGCACAGGGGGAAGAUCUGUCCAGCUAUGGAAGACUCCGUGUCACCGAGCAGAGUAAUGGCAGGAGGCUGGUGGAGUCCGUGCUGGACUAUGAUGUGGAGAGAAACAAACAAGUCUUGUGUCAUAUCCAGGAGGGAAGGUUGAGAAGAUCCACCCGAGCCGUCAUAUCAGAUGGGACGCACCCGGUGUCUGUAGAUAAAAUCUGACUAACGAGUAAGAAAGAGCCCAGAAUGGCAGCCACAGACAUCUCCAAGAAGUUGGAGGAGUCCUCUGUGGCCGGAUGACAGUCACAGCUAUAGUCGCCAUUACGCACGUACUACCAGUAAUACUAGAAACGCCCAGCUGUCCCGCGGAGCUUACCAUCUACCGCCUGCCUGUAUUCUGCAUAUGGAAAUGGAGGAAGCUGAAGGGACCUGAUGUGGUAAAGCCGUACGGUCCACACAGCAGAAGCGUGUCAGCGGCAGAAUCUCCUCUUCCA